AUGGACAAAUUCGUUAUUAAGCUGUCCAAGGAAAAUAAACUUACUACUGCUUCUAAUACAAUAUCAAAAAACACAAUGUCAAUGGAUGACAAAUCUUUGGAUACUUUACAUGUAGAAAGUCCCAACAAGUCAACAUUAAGUAAACCUAUUAUUGAUACAAAUCGUGAUCCUUGUCAAGGUAAGGAAAAUGCAUAUUAUUUGUUAUCGAACGGUUUUGGUCCGUACCAACCUAAAAAUUAUGAUUUUCCAAAACGUGGAGGUAGAAAGUUUCGAUCAGAAUGGUUCAUAUCUUUUCCUUGGCUAGAAUACAGUCCUAGUAAAGAUUCAGCAUAUUGUUUUUAUUGUCGUGCCUUCCCAUCUAAUAAAUCAGAUAUAACAUUUAUUAGCGAAGGUUUUCGUCAGUGGUCAAAGGCUUGUUUUAAAUCUUUUCCAAAGCAUGAACAAUCAGUACCACUUAAAGAAUCUAGUACAAAAAUAGCUGGAUAUAACGAAGCUAAACAAUCUGGUAGUAUAAUCAAUAAAGUUAAUACACAAUAUAAUCAAGAAGUUUCUGAUAAUAGGGAAUAUUUAAAGUGUGUUUUAGAAACCUUGCUUUUCUGUGCCCGACAAGGUAUUGCCAUAAGAGGACAUAGAGAAAAUGAAGAGUCUCAAAAUAAAGGAAAUUUUCAAGAAUUAUUAAAUCUUCAAAAAAACUUUCGGUAUGUAAGUGGUGAAUAUUUAAAUGAGUUUCUUGGAUAUAUGGCUAAUAUUGUUAUCAGAGAUAUUGUGGAUAAUGUGUUAAUUGCUAAUAUUUUUAGUAUAAUUGUUGAUGAAACACAAGAUUUAUCAAGGCACGAGCAAGUUGCAAUUAUUAUAAGAUAUGUUAAUAAUGAUUUUUCUCCAAUUGAAGCUUUUUUAGGAUUUUAUAAAGUUGAGAGUACUGAUGGUUUAACACUUUCUUUAUUAUUAAAAAAUGUUCUUAUUUCUAAUGGAUUACAACUUGAGUGUUUAAGAGGACAAUGCUACGAUGGAGCAGCAUCCAUGCGAGGUGCUUACAAAGGAGUCCAGUCAAGAAUCAAGGAAGAAAAUCCUUUGGCUUUAUAUGUUCAUUGUAAUGCACACAUACUUAACUUAUGUCUUGUUGAUUUAUCUAAACAAAUAUCUCAUGUAAGAAAUGUAUUUGGUACUUUAAGUACUUUACAUAAUUUCAUUAAUGCUUCAUCUAAAAGACAAGCUGUAUUUGACAAUAUGCGUUCAAAGUUAAAUAUGAAAAUUGGUGAUGGGCCGUCUACUUUGAAAAGUCUUAGUGAUACUCGUUGGAGUUGUCGCAUAGAUGCUUUAGAGUCUCUUAUAUUUAAUUACCAAGUUGUAAUUGACUCGUUGGAAAAUAUUUCAGUAAAUGAUUCUAUACAUGGAAACAUUAUGUCCACUACCAAUAUUUUGUCAAAAUAUCUACAGAGUUCCAAUAUUGACUAUUCUAGUGUACAGCAUAUGACCAAAGCAACUAUUCAAGAACUCUCUAAUAUGAGAUGUGAAGAUAAAUUUAAUAUGCUAUGGAGUAAAACUAAUGUUAUGAAGAUAGAUAAUGAAAUAUGUUCCCCAAUACUAAAUAGAAAACUAAAAGUUCCUAAAAAACUUGGUGGAGGUUUAAAACAAAAUGAAAACUGUAAUGUUAAAGAUCAUUAUAAAAUAAACAUAUACUUCCAAGUUCUUGAUACUAUAGUAAGUGAUAUGAAAGAAAGAUUUAAAGAAAAUGACAUACAUAUUUUAAACUGCAUGCAAGAUAUAAUAGUAAAUGAACCAAUAAAGUACACUUCAUUUCAAGAUGUUAGUACAAUGUAUGGUUUUAAUGAAAGUGAACUGAAGGCUGAAACAAAGAUAUUCAAUAGGAUGUACAAAAGCCUGAAUACUGAAAAUACUAUUCAAUCUAAAAUAAAAUAUAUGAAGUCGGGCGAUAAUGCUGUUGGGUUUCCAACAUUGGCAAAAUUAUAUAAACUUUUUUUAACUAUACCAUCAAAUUCUGCAGCAUGUGAAAGAAGUUUUUCUUGUCUCCGACGAUUAAAAAACUAUUUAAGAAGUACUAUGGGACAAUCUAGAUUAAAUCAUUUAGGAAUUUUACAAAUAGAACGUGAAAGAUCGUUAAAUAUUAAUAACGAUGAAGUCAUAAAACAAUUUGACUCAUCUACAACAUCACGUCGUUUAAAAUUUAAUAAUUUUUAA